AAAGGAUGAAAAAAACACAAGGGAAAUAAACAAGUCGAAUUGCAUUAUUAUGUCUCAUCAAAAGCAAAAAACUCCAAUUCUUCUCAUCUUAAGCUUCUCUUUGUUUGCUCAUCUUUUAUCUCCAUGCAACUGUGAAUGCAAAUUUGGCGCAUCAGGCACAAAAAUACAAGGGAUGAUGGUAUUUGGCAGCUCAUUAGUUGAUAAUGGGAACAACAAUUUUAUUGAAAAAACAAAAGCAAAAGCAAAUUACUUGCCUUAUGGAGUAGAUUAUGUAAGGGGACCAAGUGGUAGAUUUACAAAUGGGAAGAAUGUGAUUGAUCUUAUUGGUGAGAAACUAAAGCUUCCUCAAAUUCCAACAUUUAAAGAUCCAGAAACUAAAGGAAGUUGCAUUGUUCAUGGUGUUAACUUUGCUUCUGGUGGUUCUGGCAUUCUUGAUGAAACUGGUGCUGUUUCUGGGGAAGUGAUGAGCUUAAAUGAACAAAUCAGAAACUUAGAGAAUGUGACAUUGCCUGAGUUGGAAGUACAGCUGGGAUGCAAUGCCAAAGAAGCACUGGGAAAUUACCUGUUUGUUGUGGGAAGUGGAGGCAAUGAUUUUUCACUCAACUACUUCUUGAACUUCCCCAACAACAAUGCCACUCUUCCAGAUUUCAUUUCUAAGUUGAUCAAUGCUCUCUCUCACCAGAUCCAGAGGUUGUACGACUUGGGAGCAAGAAAAUUUGUGGUAAUGUCAUUAUAUCCGAAUGGGUGCAGUCCAAUGGUUAGGGCAAGAAUUCCCAUUCCCAUGCCCGACUGCGUACAAACAAUAAAUGUACCUCUACGUCUUUACAACAAUAACUUAAGGAGCUUGGUCGAUGAGAUGACGCAAAAAAUGCCUGGUUCUAAACUAGUCUAUGUUAAUGUUUACAAGAUCAUUAGGGAUAUCAUACGAACUCCUACUCAACAUGAUUUUAAUGAUACAAGGCAUUCUUGUUGUGAACUUACAACAAUAAAAGAAGGUGGGACUGAGACUUUGUGCAAAACCGGAGGGAAUGUUUGUUCAAUGAGGAGCAAAUAUGUGUGGUUUGAUGGGUUGCAUCCCACAGAAGCAGUGAAUGUUGUGCUUGCUAACAAGGCCUUUGCUUCCGAUCUUCAAGAUGAAGUCUACCCUACAAAUGUUAAAAACCUCGCAGAACAAUAAUACAUGGCUUUUCAUGUUCUAAUUCUCUUAGACUAUGUAGAACUUACUAGCGUAUAAAUGUAUUUUUAGUACGAUGAUUGCAGUAUGUAGGACCCUUUUUUUCUUUUGCAUAACACAAGUUUUUAGAGUUUGCCCCUUGCAAAUGUUCUUUUAGUUCUCGCAAUAAGUUUUAUGUUAAGACGUAAGAGAUCAAUAAUGCAAAACACAGAAGACCAUUGUAGCCAUUUCUUUUAUUCAUAUUGUGACUAGUUAUUUUGUAAUAUUUCCUCGUUAUUGAGAA